GUAAAAAAUUAAUUCAAAAUAAUAGGAAAAAACAGAAACAAACGUAUAAAUAAAACAAAAAAAGUAGAAGGAAUUUAAAAUAAAAAAAAUGUAAAUAAAACCUAAAAUCGAAGAAAUUCCUACCAAUAAUAACGACUACACUUAAAUUUACUAAGAAAAAUAAUACCAAAACCAUGCUUAAUAUUAGUCAUAAAACAAGCCUUAACCCAAAAAGCAAUAAAAAAAUAAUAUAUUAACACCCUAAUUAGACCCAACUUAACUAGCUUAAUUAUUAAGCUAAAUUUAAAAUCCAAAAUCUGAUUUAUUAAAUAUUAAAAAUACAAUACAAAAUAACAUAAUAUACUAAUCUUUAUUAUAAGCAUUAGUUUAAUAAAAUUUCGAUUUAUCAGGAUAAACAAAAAUGAAAAAAUAAGACUAAAAAGAAAACAAAAACGAAUAUUUUGAUGAUGAAGAUGAUGAAAAUGAUGAAGAUGAUGAAGAUGAUGAAUUUUCAUCAGAAGAAAUAGAAGAGUAACAACAAAAAGAUGAAAGCGAAAUAUCAUCAAUACAAUCAAAUAAUUUGUAAAAAAGCAAAAGCAUAUAAGAAAUCGAUUAAAAUAAAAUAAACAAUAAAAUUCAAUUUAAAUAUUCCUCCACUGAAAAAAACUGUGCAAAAAGAUGGUGGACUCCCGAAGAAGAUAAUUUAUUAAAAUAGCUCGUAAAUUAAUUAGGAGCAAAAAACUGGAAAAAAAUUGCUAGUUAUUUUCUCGAAAGAAGUAAUGUUUAAUGUCUGCAUAGAUGGUAAAAAGUACUUAAUCCUUCCCUUGUAAAAGGCCCUUGGACAAAAGAAGAAGACGAAAUAGUUACUAAACUAGUCAUGUAAUAGGGACCUAAAAAUUGGAGUGCUAUAGCUAAACAUCUACCUGGGAGAAUAGGAAACAAUGUAGAGAAAGAUGGCAUAAUCAUCUUAAUCCAGAUAUUAAAAGAUAGAUGGACAGAAGAAGAAGACUAGAAAUUAUAGAAGCACAUAAAAAAUUUGGUAAUAAAUGGGCAUUUAUUACUAAAUAUUUACCCGGAAGAACUGAUAAUGCGAUAAAAAAUCAUUGGAAUUCUACUAUUAAAAGAAAAUUGAAAAUUCUUAAUAGAGAAAAUGAUUUAGAACCUCC